GGCCAACGGGAUUUCCGACUUCCAUCAGUUGGCGGGUACUCGAUGAGCACGCUUGAGGCAGGGACGAGCGAGCCGUCGAUCGAGGACGAGCUGCUGCUGCUGAGCGACGAGCGCCAGCGCGACUUUAGCACGCUCACGGAGCUCGUCAAGAAAAGCUGCACGGCCGUGUUUAGCCAGCGCCUGCUCUUCAUGACCUUCAAGGACGCCAGCUACUCGGUCGCGGACGCCUUCCAGCGCAUCUCCAAGCGCGACGAGGCCAAGAAGCGCACGCGCAAUGGCGACGAUUUCGGCGCGUCCAAGCGGCAGAAAAACUCGCGCAUGUCGCUGCCCGCGUACGUGACCACGGGUAGUCUGUGGUCGCCGCCCAUUGCCGAAGAGGCCGAGUACUCGGACGCGUACUUUGGCGUCGCGAGCUCGGCGCCGCCUCGUCUGGACAGCGAUCGGCUCGGUUUUCUCAUCAAGAACGAGGUGGGCGUCCCGCUGAGUCAGUCGAAGGCGUCGCAGCGUGACGACGACGACGACGACGUCAUGGACGUGACGUACAUGUCGGAUCUUCCAGAGCGCAACGAGGCCGACUGCUUCAACCACCUCUCGAGCUACUGUUUGAAGCUGCGCGAGCCCAAGCCGGAGGCCAGCGCGGGCACCCCGACCGUCGAGCAGACGCGCAGCCUCCAGCAAAUGUUCACGACGCUCGUGGCCGUGACGACGGACGAGACGCUGGCGCUCACCGAGGCAGCGUGCGCCGCCUACAACGCUGCCGAAGCCUGCAACACGAACGACUUUGACCGGGCCGACGAGCUCGUGCUCUUGCAAGACAUUGUCAUGGCACUGCCGCACGCCGACGACCUCGACCGCCUGCGCAAGGUUGUGCGGCCGACCGAGGACAGAAUCGCCGACCUCGAGAGCACGGUGCAGAUGACGCUCUCGGCGCAUCCGUCCGACUGCGAGACGAACGUCGCCGUGCUCCAUGCCGUCUGCCUCGCCUACGCCACGCGCAUGCGGGCGUUUGUGACGGCCAAGGAAGACCUCAUGCGCCUCCAUGCGGCGGUUUACAAGGACUUUACGCACCUCGGCGAGCGCAUUGCAGCCAAGAUGGCCACGAGUGCCACUGGCGUCGCCAACGCCGACGAGAUGCUCCAGGACAAGCAAGCCGCGGAAGAGAGCGCGGCGGCGGCGGUCCAGGCGCUCGUCGAAGCGGCGCGUUUAAAGGCCGAAGCGUCCGGCGUCACGGCGAGCGCCGCGGUGAUCCGGGCGCAGCGGUCCGUCUUUGCGGACGAGGCCAAUACGGAGGCGGUUGCUGCGCUCGCGGCACAGGCGAGUGCUGAGCUCGACACGGGCGCGGCCUUGAAGCUCUGGCGCGCUGCCCGGGACUUUCACGCGUUCUACGAGGCGGCCAAGGCCCUUCUGGACCACGUGGAAAGUGCGCGGCUCAAGACGAUGGACGCGGCGGUCACGGCGCUGGCGACCGAGGCGCAGAGUGCGUCGCGCAUGGGGCUGGAGAAACUCCAAGGCACGCUGCCCGUGCUUUGCAAGGAGCUCGCGCACCUCGAAACAACGCUCGACCAGCGGGCCAAGCACGCGACCCGAGAGCUGCACUGCCAAAAGGUCAAGCUCGAGACGCACACCCGGCACCUCGGCAACAUGGUCAAGUUGCGCCGGCAGGAAGUGCUCGACAUGAUGGCAGAGUUUGAAGAAGUGGUCGUCUUGUGCAGCAAGGGCCUCGCGACGGCCGCGAACCAGCAGCGCGCGCUCUGGGCGAUGCUCAAGGACUUGGUGCCGAAGGCGUCGUUGGAGGCGCUCGUCCGUGCGUGCCGACCGCAGCUCGCGCCGCUCAAGAGCCCGUUGCGUCACGUCUUUGCCGAUUUUGCGCACAUUCCGGCAUCACCCGUGGCCGUCCGCCACAAUGCGUCGCCGUCGCUCCUCCAAGCGCCAGCCGCCCAAGCACCACCUUCGUCGCUCCAAGCUCCAGUCGCCCAAGCGCCGCCGGCACCUGAGGUCAUCAUUCGGCCGGAUGCGCCAACGUCACCGCGGUCGCAGGACCUCGUUGUCCCGCCGCCCAAAUUCAAGGUGGGCGACCAUGUCUUUGCCAAGUUUGCGAGCGGCAGCGGCGCUCUGUAUGCGCCGGCGCAGGUCAUUGGCGUGCUUCCGAGCCGCGUCUACCUCCUCGUCUUUGCCGAUGGCGACCAGUACAGCCUCGACGAGCUCUUUUUGUUUUCGCCGGCCGAGCACGACCAGAUUCAAGUGGCGGCCAGCGCUGACGCCCCGGCCCGAGGCGGCUGCGCGCUCAUGUAAUUGUCGACGCAACAUGCAUGCAUGAUCCAA